AUGCAGCUCGUCUUGCUGGUGACGAUGGGGGUCGCCUGGCCAACGUUGCUGGCUCAGGCGCCGACCUGGAAACCCGAGCUGGGCUUCGGUGUCGACUACGAAGGUGAGGAGCACUGCAGGGACAGCAGUCGAGUGAAGUUCCGUGUCAUCGCCGUCGAGCACAGCUACAACGAGACAAUCCUCAAUUCCGGGACCAUGCCCGACCUUGAUAAGUGGUCGGUAAAGAAGAUGGCCAUCUACAUCAUGACCAUGGGUGAUGCUUCGCUCACGGAGAAGCCUAUCUACGCAGCCAACGACUGGGGGCAAGCUAGGUUCCCUCGCCCGAUCUGCAUCUCAGUGCAAGAUGCUACCCGGCUGUUCCUGGGCAGCGGAAAAGACGAACUCAAAAUCGUGCUGGCGACGGCGGUGAAUAGCCCGGUAUUCCAUGAUGAGACGAAGCAUCUCUUGCCCGAACCCGUGUUCUUCCGACCCGGCGACCCGUUCAAGGACGCCAUUGAUGUGGCCCAACAAAACGAUCAAUACACUGUCAGUUUCCAGCUGCAGCAGCGCUGCCCGAUCGGACGCUACGGAUAUUUAUGCCAGAAGCGAUGCUCGUGUGAUGACAAGCCGUGUUCGGUUGACCGUGGUAUCUGUCCGGCCCGUCCUUUUACUCCUCCGGAAGCUAACUCCGAAGAGGUCGCCUGGUGGAUCUUUGUCCUGAUCGGAUUGAUCGUCGUCUUCGGCCUCUGCUGCUUUCUCAUUGUUGCUUUCUGCAUCGUGAGCAAAAUCCUGAAAAAGAAGCGUGCCCAGCGUUCGCGCAGCCAUGAUAGCCCUUCGACCGAAGAUGAGAGCAAGGAGCAUCGAUCGAAGAAGUCCAAGAAGCACAAGCGGAAGCGAAGGGACCUCACUGUCUCCCAAGAAACCGGUGGCACCACCGAUGAUAUCGCC